AAUAAUAACUUGGCUAUAUACAUCUCAUCUAUUAAAAUACAAAUUCAGCAAUUAACCUUGGUUUGAUUGUGAACACUCAGAUUUUCAGACAACAAUGAAUGAAUGACAGUUGUAAGACCUGCUAUAUGGAGAAACCCAAGAAGAUGUAGCCUCAGGUAUUAAUAGAAAAAGCAAAACUGAUCCACUCAAAGGAAAUUUACAGGAAUGUUUACCCAUCCCCUGAAAACUUUCUUAAUGAAGAGAGAUCAUCUUUCUAGGUUCUAGGAGAAGGUAGAUUCCAGGUACAUGAAAGUAGAAGAUGAGCUACACUUCUGUUAAACUCUUAACUAUUGGCUUAGUAAACCUUUGUGUCUAAAUAGUAAGCCCACUGUUUUUUUAUGAGACAUGUUCAAAACUACUCUAGGAAAAUAUUUUUAAAGUUAUUAUUGGAUGGUAGGAGUAUGGGGUGGAGUUGGCCUUAGGGAAGUGAGAGCAGCAAUAAUAAAAAGGAUUUUGGAAAACACAUGCUUGGCUCAAGUCAGUAUAUCUCCAGAAAUCAGGACGGACCAAGAAGGAGCAGAAAAGCAAGAUGAAUGAUGUGAAACUUGCUGUCUUGGGUGGUGAAGGAACGGGCAAAUCUGCCCUUACAGUAAGGUUUCUUACCAAGCGAUUUAUUGGAGAAUAUGCUUCUAAUUUUGAAUCUAUCUAUAAAAAGCGUUUGUAUUUGGAAGGGAAGCAAUUGAAUCUAGAAAUAUACGACUCUUGUUCUCAGCCACAGAAAGCAAAAUUUUUCCUCACAAGUGAGCUGCAUUGGGCAGAUGGGUUUAUUAUUGUGUAUGACAUCAGUGACAGGUCUUCGUUUGCUUUUGCAAAAGCACUAAUCUACAGAAUUCGGGAGCCACAGACUAGUCAUUGUAAAAGAGCUGUGGAAUCAGCUGUGCUUUUGGUCGGUAACAAGCAAGAUCUCUGUCAUGUGCGAGAGGUUGGCUGGGAAGAAGGGCAAAAACUGGCAUUGGAUAACCGGUGCCAAUUCUGUGAACUGUCUGCAGCAGAGCAAUCUCUGGAGGUGGAAAUGAUGUUUAUCAGAAUUAUCAAGGGCAUCCUGACAAACUUCAAACUCAAAGAAAAGAGAAGACCCAGUGGAUCUAAAUCCAUGGCCAAACUGAUCAAUAAUGUAUUUGGAAAGAGAAGGAAAUCUGUUUAAUUGACAUGUGAUCCUAAGGGAUUUAUUAUAUCAGAGAGUUUCAAACUUUUGUAUGGUAAUUAAAUUUACCCUUUGUAUGCAAUUAAAAAAUUCUCUUAGAGAUAUGAAAUAAUUGGCCAUGAACCACAACUGUGUUUUCAAAUAUAUAGUUUGCCUUCUUAGUUGUUUGUAUCUUGUACAUUUUGCUUCACACUUAACCUUUUCUUUAUUACACAGAAUAAUAUGAGUAUAACCUAUUGGUGGAUUACUAUAUAAUUUUAUAAAAUUACCAUUCUACAGGGCUCAAUUUACCUUUAUUUUAUAUAUAUAUAUCAUUUUAAUGAAAUAUAUAGUUAUAUUCAUAUAGUUAAUAUAUUAUAGGGCUUAACUUAUCAAUUUGUGAAAUUCAUGAUCUAUUUAAUUGAAAUACAUGGAUUUAUUUUUGAAAGUGUCUUUAUAAUAAACCAGUGAAUUAUUUGAUAUUACAUAAAUUUUACUUACAACUAAGGCCUUAAGAAGUUAAAUUCCUUACCCGUAAGUGCAUAGUUUACAGUUGGUCUGAUGAUGAAAAGUCUGCCUUUCCUUGUUGUAUGCUAAGCUAACAAGGGCAAUUAUCAUAGAGAAAUUAACUUGUACAACUAAGAUACAUUUUAGAUUAAAAGAUUAGGGGUUUUUUUAAGUUCAUUUAUAAAUCAAUACAUCAUAGGAAAAGAAAAAAGUAAAAACUCUUUGGUAUAUAUAUAACCUUGAAGGCCUUAUUGUCCUGAAAGAAAUAUUGUAUUAGAUACAAACAUUUUGGGCCUUCUCAGAUUACAUUGGGUACAGUUUCCUUCAUAGUCAACUGUCCACCUCCUGGACUGCAACAUCCCUUCUGCUGUCCCUGAUGAGCUUGUCACCUGCUGCGUUUCAAGUUGCAACCCUAGGCCUAACUUCAACCAAAUCGCUGAUAAGUAAGGUUAGAUUUUGGAGAAGUUAACCUGGGCAUACAUGCAAUGCUGCGUGCACACUUGGUUAACAUGUGUCAGCACUAACUAGGGGACCAUGUAGAAGAUCUUGAGUAGAAGGUGGUAGACUGGAGUCAGGGAGGGUGACACAGACUAUUCGUCUGGGCAGGAGAGAAUUAAGUCAUCGACAUGGUUUUGCUCAUUGUGAGUCACAAUCCAACAUUUAGCUUUUUUGAUCUGUGGAAAUCUAACCUGGAUGAUGCACUAGAGUAAAAAGAGUGGAAGUAAGGGAACUUUGUGUGGUAGUAUACAAAAUAGUCCAGAUGUUCAUGAAGAUGGGGGGUGGUUAGAAUUGCUAUGGUAGAUUGGACCCAAGAACCUACCAUCUGACUGUGUUCUCUGGGACGAUUCAGAGGAACUUCCUUUACUAAGGAAGUGAGGAAAGCCGUGGUGAGGAGGCAAAGACAACUUAGACAAGCUUCCUAGUGACUGUGCUCCAUGGGUCAGAGUUGACAGUCAGGAUGCUUCCACUGAACUGCGCUCCUCAAUAUUAAGACAGAUGAUAGACUCCUGGGACAGCAGAAUCUGGAUGCCAGCAUUUAACCUGGUGCCUGUUUAACCUCGUAACCUGUUUACCCGUUCACUCAGCCCGCAGAGAAAUAGUGCCAUAUCCAGGGUAGAGGCUCCAUUUCUGAUGCUGGUUGGUUGGAAACUUAGAAGCUAUAUUGAGACAAAGUCCAUAUUGUGGGCUCAAGCAUUGCUCCCAUCCCUGCCCCCAAGGCCACUGUUAUCAUGGUUCCAUUACAUAUAAGCACAAAGGUAGUCAAGAAAAAAGGCAGGUUAUCUGUAGGGCAGUUCAUCUUGUCCAUUUGGUUGUAAAGUGACUUCUCAUUGGUGGAUGCUUUCUGGUUGGCAUUAAAGUGAUACAUAAAGAUCUGUAAAUAUGAUGCCCUCUCUGAGAGAUCCAUUCACGUGCUUAUUCUCCAGUCCUUCUUGGCACUGUUCUUCCAGUCUUACCUCUUUACAGAUACCUCUGACCAACUGGCAAAACCACUGAUCACAGCCUAGGACUCUCUGCCACAUUAUACCUUUCUUGAGUUAUGAGGUACACAGCAAAGUGUACUUCUUGAAGCUUUGGCAAAUGGGAUAAUUUCCUUUUACCGAUGAGCGUCAUGAUUACCUCUGGGCGGAACUGUAAUGAGGCCCAGUCUUCUUUUGCCUGGCACUAACAUAUCAAGCUUAAGUGAGGAGUGCUUCUUAUCAACUAGGAAUAUUCAGAUUAGAUUGCUUUGUAAAUGAGAAAUAAACUUUUAUUGUGUAGUUAUUCUAGUAAAUUCAGUUAUAUACUUUUUUGAUCAACUAUUUAUAGUGAUUUUAUUAAUCUUUUACGAUAUUAAUCUUGACUAUGUAAGUAUAUGUACAUAUAUAUCAGCUUAGCAUUUAUACUUUAAUCUUUUUUUGGUUUUAUUUUGUUCUUAUUAUUUGUCUGAAUAAUCUUAGAGAUUUGGUCUCAUUCUUUAAAAUUCUUUUCCUAGUUAAAGAAAGAUUCUUCUGGGAUGAUUUUGUAUUAAAAAUAAUAUAUUUAUCCAUGUUAUAUGGAAGAACUCUACUGUCAAAAUGGUAUGAAAAUUCUUUCAUAGCUUAAUCUAUGAUUUAAUCUUAAUCAUAGCUUAAUCUUAAUUUCAUAGCAUAUGUAUCUGUGAUGAGUCAGAGUUCAAAAUUUCUCUGGUAAGCAUACUACUCAUAUUUGUAUAUAUUAAAUUUUUUUCCUUUAUUAUACCCUGAUUUUUUAGCAAGAUGAUCUGAUAUGACACAUCUUGUUGUAAGGAGUCUAUGGAACAAAGGAAUAAGAACAAGCAUUCUCACCAAAAAGAAAAAAAAGAUAAUUAUGUGAGUUGAUAGAUGUGUUAGUUAACUUAAUUGUGGUAAUCAUUUCACACUCUAUACAUAUAAGAAAUCAUUAUGUUGUACACUUUAAAUAAAUUGAAAAUUUAUUUGUCAAUUAUACCUCAUUAAAGCUGAAAAAAUUGUUUUACAUUAAAAAAAGAAUUUAUAUCUUAAAAAUAGUUUCUGUGAGGCAACCUU